UCCCGAACGUUAACACACAAGGGGGUCGGCGGUGAUCGGAAGCGGGUAUUGACGGAAUCCGCAUCGCAUCACCACCACUCGGGCGCGCCGUCCAAAGAAUGCCCGAUCGCAGCCAUGACUUGCUCGGCGUCAGAUAGCGAGAAAAUCGUGAUCAACUGCGGCGGGAUCCGCCACGAGACCUAUCGGAGCACCCUGAAAACGCUGCCAGGGACGCGCUUGUCCUGGCUAACGGAGCCCGACGCCUACAGUAACUUUGACUACGACCCUAAGUCUGACGAGUUCUUCUUUGACCGCCACCCGGCUACUUUCGCCUUCAUCCUCAACUAUUACCGCACCGGCAAACUUCAUUGUCCUAACGAUGUCUGCGGGCCGCUCUUCGAGGAGGAACUCGCAUUCUGGGGCAUCGAUGAGACGGACGUGGAGGCGUGCUGUUGGAUGAACUAUCGGCAGCACCGAGACGCCGAGGAAGCUCUUGACAGCUUCGAAACCCCGGAACCCGACGCACCCGAGGAAGACCCGGCUCUCACCGGGGGAGCGGACGGUGACCUGAAGCGGCUGUGCAUGCAGGAGGACGGUCGCAGGGCGACCUGGUGGGAAGUGUGGCAGCCCAAGAUGUGGGCGCUCUUUGAGGACCCCUACUCAUCGAAAUACGCUCGGUAUGUGGCAUUUGGAUCACUCUUCUUCAUCCUCCUCUCCAUUUCAACAUUCUGCCUGGAGACCCAUGAAACCUUCUACACCAUAUACAACCUGACGGAGAACAUCACCGUUAGUAAUGUGACACAUGAAGAGACAGUGUUUGAAGUUGUCACAGAUGGAUGGCUGACAUAUGUUGAGGGUGUCUGCGUCAUUUGGUUCACGAUUGAGGUCCUGGCGCGUGUUAUCUUCUGCCCUGACAAAACUGAGUUCUUCCGCAGCGCCCUGAACAUCAUAGAUUUUGUGGCCAUUGUGCCCUUUUACCUGGAGGUAGCGCUUAGCGGCCUAUCCUCCAAAACAGCCAAAGAUGUGCUCAGCUUCCUGCGUGUUGUGCGCUUUGUUCGGAUUUUGCGCAUAUUCAAGCUCACUCGCCACUUUGUUGGUUUGCGAGUACUGGGCCACACCCUGAGGGCUAGCACCAACGAGUUCCUGCUGCUUAUUAUUUUUCUGGCGCUGGGUGUCCUCAUCUUCGCUACCAUGAUUUACUACGCCGAGCGCAUAGGUGCUGACCCAGAUGAUCCAACUGCUGGUGCCCACACAGACUUUAAGAACAUUCCCAUUGGUUUUUGGUGGGCAGUGGUGACCAUGACAACACUGGGUUACGGAGAUAUGUUUCCAAAGACAUGGUCGGGAAUGUUGGUGGGCGCCCUCUGUGCCUUGGCUGGCGUGUUGACCAUCGCAAUGCCUGUUCCCGUCAUCGUCAAUAACUUCGGUAUGUACUACUCCCUGGCCAUGGCAAAGCAAAAGCUCCCGAAGAAGAGGAACAAGCAUAUACCCCGACCACCGCAACCUGGCAGUCCUAACUACUGCAAACCAGAUGCUCUCGCCAUGGCAACCGCCUCACCCCACAGGCUGAUGGGCAAUGUUCUAGGACCCGGCAUGGUGGGAUCAGCCAGCAUGAUGGGUGCUGGAGAUUGUCCACUUGCACAGGAGGAAAUCAUUGACAUCAACAGGGCAGAUUCCAAGCAAAAUGGUGAUGCUGCUGCUAAUGCAGCAGCACUGGCCAAUGAAGACUGUCCCACAAUUGACCAGGUCUUGGGGGAUGAGCGCAGCCCGGCCAUCAGAGGCCACGGUUCCACCACGAGCCGUGAACGCUACCCGCAUGAUCGGGCCUGCUUCCUUCUGAGUGCUGGGGAAUUCCAACGUACAACAGAUGGCAACGUUCGAAAAGAGCUGAGCUUCUAAGCAGUUUCAUCUUAUCUACCCAGACGUAACUCCCAAGUGUGCAAAACAAGGGAGUGGAAGUGCCCAUUUCAGAUCUGACACACUGACUUCAUCGAUGGGACUGGAGUAUCAUUUUACUAAUUGAUCCUAUUAAUUAGCUUGCCUGGUAAAUAGCAAUGGCCUUGGACAAAACCCUGCAACAGGAGUUGCGAUCUAUUCAGUGAGGCUGAAUUAAGAUCAGUGUUUGCUGGAGAUGUCCAUUGUAGAAUUUACACUACUAUGCAAAAUAAGAGGACUGGGUUUAAAGAGCUGCUGGCAGAGUGCAGGCAGCUCACAUUCAUUUAUUCAUUCAUCAGAAACGUCCGCCAAAAUGACAUGAUCUUAUUAUUUGUUAUCAUCCAAACCAUGGACUUCAAAUGCAUCAUAUUUCACUGACAGAUCUCCGCUCAUGCUAUAGUAGUCGAUUAGCCAAAAGACAUGUACUUUCGGCAUUAAAAAAUAAUAAUACAACUACAAAACUAACUACAAAACUACAGAACUACAAAAUCAAAAGUACUGCUUAUUUUUUCUAGUGUCUUGUUCUUAACUGUAGCUCCCAUCGUAAGUCAUAAGUUUUACAUUGACCUUUGCUGCUGCGCAUUUUUAGCUGACCUGCAUGGCAUGAUAAUUACAAUAUUGAAAAAAAUAUGGGCUGGACUGAAGUUCUGAAAAAAAAGGCUAGAUUCAUUUCUACUAAUUUGGAAUGAAAAGAAAUAGAAAAAGGUAUCUCCAGCAAUAAAUUCCAUUCUGAAAAUGUGCGAUGGAUGAAAAUAUGCUUCUAGUUGAACACUCCAGAGCUCAGGGGCAAUCAAUGUGUUGAGACUCUCAAGGCAAGAAAGUGUAUAUCAGUCAUGAACUUCUCUGGAGACGUAGUAUAAGAUGAAUAUAUAUUUAAGAUGGUUUUUAAGCAUGGAUAUUUUCGCAUGACCUCUGCAAGCCAUUCUGACUAGCCCAAUGCAUAAUAGGGCUACACAUUGAUGUACUUCAAAAUGAACACAUAAUGUAGUCGAGGUGGUUGCGAAUGUUGAAACCAAUGAAUGAAUGGCGGGUUAGUUUUGGAAAUAAAAUAGAAAUUAUAUUUUUGCUACCGUGGAAAACCAACGCUGUAUGUGUAACUUUUUAAACCUUGCCUAGUUUACAUUAUUUAUGUUAUUUUCUUUAUGGGGAUAUGUCGUCUAACUAAUUCAUGUCAUCCAGCCCGUUUCCUGGCAUGUUUUUCCACAGACAAUGUUUUGUCUGAUCAUAGCAGCUAUCUGAUUUUGUAUUGUUUCAAGAGCUGUUUAUUCAAAAUUAUUCAAGUUCCCAUCAAACCAAAUUGUGGGUCAAAUCUGACUAAAACAAAUGAAGUCACAAAAGACUUGCAACUUUUACAAAGUAUAUGGAAACUUCAAAGUGCAAUUUUCUCCUCUUUCAUUUUUUGUUUUUUUUUAGUGUCUUUAUUUCAAGAUCUUGUCUCAAUUGUUAUAUUUUGGCUUCUUUAUCUACUAUAAAUACAUGAAAUUAAAUAUAUGUAUGAGGUGUUUAUCAUAACAAAGUUUAUAGAUGGGGUAGUGCAACUGGAUGAAAAUAAGAUUUUUGAUUUUGUGUUAUACUAUAUCUUAUACAUUCAUCAUUUUCCCCAAGGUAAAUGGUAUCUUAUCUUUACUUGAGUGCUGCAGUUGAUGUUUGAAAUUAAUGAGUUUGUUGAAUUAUUUUUGAUGAUUUGUGCAGACUUACCCAGCUGACUGUGGGCAAAAGGCAGACUACAUCAUUAUUUAGUCAGCGCUAUAUUAGCAGGUAGGCCUACAUUGAGACAGACAACCAUCCACGAUAGAUCUUUCCAAAGCAGUAAAAUUUACAGAAUUUCAACUUUUGCCAAAUAGACUAUAUAAUACAGGGGUCCAGGAAAAAUGUAACUCACCAUACACUGAAUCAACUGGAGUCCUCAGCUUCUAAGUGUUAUAGUAGAUCGGCAAAUAACCUUGGUCGCAGCCAUCAUAAGUUCAUCUUGCCCAUUGCGAGAGGUUUCUUGGCUUUAGCAAUACAGUUGGCCAUAAGGUACGAUGCUCUCAGUGCAUUGGCUUUUGUUUAUUUGGUGGCCCUCCAAAAUUGUUUGUGUCCUUUGUGGUCACAUUUUUUUCUUUCAAAAUUGUCCAAAGUAUUACCAAGGGGUGCUUAGUCACUUAUGUGCCAAAGCUGCUAUGAAGGCUUCAUUGCCUCAUUUGCUAACAUUUGGCCACAUGUCCAGAUAAAUAAGUAAAUCUAAAAAACUGCGGAUGCUUAUUGACUUACUCUCGUAUUUGCUUAGCUCAGUUCUAAAAUGUGAUUACAUUGCUAAGUAUUUGGACAAUCAAACAAACAGAAACAAUUCUGUUGUAUUAUAUUGUACAUUCAAAUCAAGGGCCUAGGUUUGCAUAUGGAAGGUAGGGACAUAACACUACCAACUUUAUAUGAUGCUCAAAUUGUCCCUAUCAACUGUUAGGCAAGUUCAGUUAUAUAGGAUAGAUUGUCUUCCCAUAUGUUGUAAGUAUACAAUUGACCCUACCAUUAUUAAGUGAAUGAUUGACAUUAUGUUCAGACAUACAUUUACCCCUUUUCACUGGCCACAUUUCCCUUUUCCCCUUGAACGCACAUUUGAUUGGCUGAUGACUUGCAUUAUUUAAAAUGUAUUGAUUUAUUUUCUACAUUAUUUAUUUGAAAAUAUUUUUAUUUGCAGCCUAUGUGAACAUGUUUUCAGAUAAUUAUACAUUAAUCAUAAUCAAGGUAAGAGUUUUCAUUUUUUGUUGAGUUUGGCUGUGCUGGUUGGCAAAAGCAAAAGGUAGUGUUUUACUUGAAGGAAGGCUCCAUCGUUAUUUAUUUUCGUUAUACCCUUACUGAGACGUUUUUUAUAUUAUAUAUAUAUUCUAUAUAUAUAUAUUCUAUUCAUUUAUUUAUUUAGAUUAUUAACAAGCGUGUAUUUAUUGUGUAUAUUCAUAUAAUUUGAACAUAAAGUUAUGUUCAAAUAUUGCAAUUUAAAUUGGCUAAUAAAAUCCAGAUAUUUAUUCUGGAAGUUUUCAAAAUGUUUCUUUUGUAGUUUUUUGAAAACAAAGGUUUGGAUUCAACGGUGUAUCACCUGAACCAAUACACAUGAAAGUAGAUUUAUUUUAAAUUAUCGGCCUAUCAAUGGUGUACCGCAAGCAACACGUCACCUUUGCUCAUUAAUAUUCAUGACGUUAGCAAUUGUUGCUAGGCGGGUCAACCUCCCGUAUGUCCCUAAUAGUAAAUGCAAGGAAAUAGUAUACGAACGAGGUGUUUACUGAGCUAAACCUACCAAUUCUGUCCAAAAAUGAUGUCCCUGGUGCCAAAUUUACUGGUAAAGAUGUGGAAGAACAUACAGAUGUGCAAUUAAAGAGAUGGCUUGAGUGUCGAGGGCUGAAAAGACGGGAAAAAAAGCCGACCUGAUCCAGAGGUAGCAUUUCUAUCUUUAUAUUAUAUCCUCUGGUUGUCUUACGUCUCUGACCUUUCUUGGGGGUAAUUUACAUAGCUAUUUUUGUGUAGCUAUCACGAAUGCUACUCUGUGACAGCCAACGAACGCUUUUAAUUUUUUUCAUCAAUAACAAAUCUUAAUUCUACAAUUUAUUUACACUUCCUCCUUACUAAAGUUGUUUUUUACAACAGAAAAAGGAAACAACAGUGGCAGUCAGAUACCAUUUUAAUGAUUUUGGGGUCAUUCAUUGUCAGACAGAAGCAGCACGGCAAAACGCCACGCUAAAAAAGAACUUACCAUAUCAAAAUGGCUUACCUUUUUGUCCUCUGUAGAACCGUGGCCCCCCAAAAAAUGUUUACUGCAUAUGAAAUGUGAAUGGCUUCACCUUGCUGGCGUUAAGCUCGUCUUUUGGACGUCCACGCAAGUUGAUCCAUUCUUCACAUUUUUUUUCCUCCGAGUUUUUGGUUUCGGCAAACAUAUGAAGAAAACAUCCUUCAUAUGUCGUAAAGUCAUUUCUACAAGUUCCAUAGCAGCAGUGUUUACUCGGCGUGUUCUUUUUUGAAAGAUUACCGGAGAAAACAAGCAGAAAUAACAUGGAUUGUAUGCGAGGGCGUGUCUAUGUUGACCCACUUCCGCGUUACAAUGGUGACGUCACGGUCUAAAAAUAGCAUUUGUGUGGUAUGCUAUUGAUUAGGUUCAUAUUCGUGAGAAAUGUAUGGAAUCACUGGGGUGCCAAAAUUACCGGGCCCCCUUUUCAUCCAAUCUGUUUGGUCUUAUUAAUGUCCUGGCCCCAGUAAAAAGUGUGCAUGCGGGUUAUCGUCCCUACCAAUGUUGAGACCAAACCUACACCCUUGAUUCAAAUGGCAAAAUGAAGAAUUUGUCAACAAGAUUUGCAAUAUUAGAGUAUUUUCAUAACCGUCAAAAGACUAACAUAUGAUAUUGGAUAUCAUAGAAAGCUUUAUAUAUAUUUAUAUAUAUAUAUUCUUUCUUUUAUUAUUACCCAAAUUAGUCACUUGCCCUAAACUUUCUUGAAUGAUGUAUCCAUGAACCUUGUAUGUACCAAGUAACUGUCAAUUGUAGCCACCCCCCCCCCCCCCCCGUUGUUCUUCUGUAUUAAAAAAUUAGACUGAAAAGACAACAAUUACAAUAGUUAUAACAAUGAUUAAUUAUCAGUCUUUGUUAACUUUUUGUGAAGUUUUGUGCUGUACGUUACGUUCACUUUCAUCCUGGUCAUCUCCUAGGGGACAAGCCCCCCUUGUUCUUAAAACCUACUGACGCCCUUGUAUGAAUCACUAACUUGAAGUACAACCUUGACAAUAUUUUCCAGAGCUGAUUUGAAGUGGAUUCUGGAAAAUUGGCGAUUGGUGUCAAAAGCAGAAAGAAAUCCACACAACAAAACAAUAACAACAAAAAAAUACUGUUUAUAUAACGCAUUUUAAUACGUUUUUGGAAUUACUAUUAUUGAAUUUGACUGUGCACCUAUAAAUCAGAAAUAACGUGCAAUUCAAAGCUCCAGGCGCUGUGAGGCGCUAAAAUACCAGCUAUAAUUACGUCAGAUUAAAUGCAGCUGGAAGAAAGCAUCUCCCGCCACGAGCCUUUGAAAAUAGCCCAAGCCUUUGAAAAUAGCCCAAUUGGGCAACACGGCACACAAAUCCGCAGAUAGGACGAAAGAGUUUCAGUGUUACAUAUAUUUUACUUGAAUUUUUUCCCAAAGAAGUGGACAUUUGAUGUUGAUUGUUGUUUGAUUCAUGAGACUCUUCAAUAACCUCUAUCGUUGGGCUUUUCAUAAGAGGAAGACUGUCUCAUUUCUUCAAACUUUGUCCUUGUUUCACCCUCACUUCUCUGCUAAUAUCUUCAUUUCCUUUUUAGAAUUUCUCACGGAAGGGGCUAGCAUGUAAACUGCAAGUUGCAAUUAGACACAUUGAUGGCCUCUAAAUUGUCCACAUGUGUGAAAAUGAUGGAUUCUCUGUUUUUAUCUAAAGGAUCCAGGUUUCAGUCUGCCUUUUGCCUUAGGUCAGGCUUCAGUUCAACUACCACUCGAGUGAGGAACAGAAAAUUGAUUAAAGAAUAGAUAUUUUAUCUAAAGAAUCUCCCAAAACUUCAGAAAGCAGCAAUCGCAUUGAUGAUUGUCAUUUUGUUUUUACUUGUUCUAAUUAUGCAGUUGUUCAACAAGAAAAUCAGCACCUGGCAGCUUCUGUAUUCUAGUGAUCCAUUUCUCAUAUUUCUACAAUGACACUUUUGUGUUGUUAUCAAUUCUGAUUCUCAGUAAAGCUUUAUUGGCUAUUUGACCUAUCAAUAACAACGAAUAGAGAGAGAGACUGUAUUAAUGUUUGUUUGUUUUUUUAUCUUUUUGUAUUAUUGUCUUUGAAGCUGUUAACAUGACAAUGAUUUGGGGCAAAACGUACUGCACUUUGACAAAACUCAUUUAUAUUUACGAUGACUAUCAUUUUUUUUUUGUUUUUUUUUCGUUAAGGGAAAUUAUAGCUAAUAACUUAAAUUGCAAGAUUUUAAAAAAGUUACAUUGUAAUGUAGCUUAACUCCAAUAUUCCAUCAUGAAUGAAAAAUAAUUGUGACUUGACAUUCUUUGACAUUUUCAUGAUUAUGUUUUGCAUGAAAUACACUGUCGCUGUGUUAUUUAAAUUUGUUGUUGUUUUUUAUUUUGUUUUGGAGAAUAGAUAAUACAUGAGUGGGGAACUACAGUAUAUUGACACGAGGAAGCAUGAGAGAUGAAAUAAGAUGAGGGUCUUUCCUCCAUAAAUGACCUGUGUUUAUGCUGAAUACAAUUUUAGUGUCACAUACGGGAAUGUGACAGAUUUAGAUGCAUUCACCUGAAAGAAUUCAUGUCAAAUAUAUUUCAUAUAGAAUGACUCGAUAUGAAAUAUGUUUAUGGAAUGUGUAUUAUUUUUCUUUUAUAUUUUUUAAAACUGUAUAGAACAAAACUGUAAUAGUUACUUUAUGAACGAAACUUAAAAAACAAAAAAAGUUCUGUUUGAAAACAUAAAAACCGACUGUGAAUGCUGAUUUACCCUUUGCGGAUAAAACAAAAAGCAAAGCUAACAGAAUAAGGCCAAGUCUUAUUGGAGUGGGGAGAAGAAAUCAAAUGAAUUUAAAAAAGAAAAAAAAAGGGAUGGGGCAGGGGGAAAUAAAGCUUACUGCAGUAUUUUACAUGUCUGUCUUGUGAUUUUAUUCUACUUUCAAUUGCAACAGCAACAACAACACCCAUCAGUAGGCUCACGUUUUAAUUUCAGGCUUAGAUGUGGUGAAAUGAGUGAAUGAAAAUUUAGAAAAAAAAUAAUAGUGCUCUCUAACACUUUAUUGCACAUUAUUUUCAUAGAUAUACUGGUAAUAGUAGGUUGCGCUUUUUCGUUGUCUGUCAUUUUGACUGACAGUGUCAUAAAAAUCCGGUCAUAAUCUAUUUUUACCCGUCACUUACAUUUUUAAAAUGAUAAUAAUGACAUAUUCAAUAGUAUUUAGUUUUCAUUCAUUUUUAAUUAAUAUUCUGUCUGAACAAGCUUAAUAAGAGGCAAACAGACAGCGGAGUGCACCAAUCAGCGACGGGCAGAUGUGCCGUUAGCAAAGCGACGAGGGCAGGACAAGGGACUUGCGCGCGGAAGUAAACAUACGAGGAGAACAGAGUUUAUUCAACAUGGCUAGCGCGAGACAGACUGUUGUCAAUGUCUCGUGUCGAUGUGUUUUAGCUAAUUUAAAACUGAAUUUACCGCGGAUUGGAACAUAUUCUCAGCUCUCCCGUUCGCCAUCCGUGUUGUUGUAGAGACUACUUUCGGCGCGCAAGAGUGACGUUGCUCGUGAAGAACACGUCACGCAAAUAAACAAAUCUGAUUUGUCGAUUGAUUUUGUACCUACUCGAGAGGCUGUGUCCCAGACUUUUCUCUCAGUGUUUGAAAAAUACAGGGAGAACAGUCUGGCCGUGCCAGGAAAACACUCACUUGUCUUGACAUUUUUCCGAGUAAGGCCAACGACGUCAUGCAUCAAGAGAGACAAUAGCUAAUUAAUAUGCUCACUCGCCACCCUGUGGUCUGGGGUGUGAAUUGCAACCUGUCAAAAUGACGGAUGGACUUCAGUUUUUUCCGUCACCGUUUUA